AUGUAUCUUAUCCGCCUCAUCUACGGCAGCCGGCUGUUCUUCGCCGACGUUCCGAAGCAGCCCUUUGUCAAACGACCGGUUGACGCCGUAGUGUUGCCGACAGAACGCGUUGUCACCCGCGUCAAGACCUGUCGCAUUCCGGCCGCCCAGGUGGAAGCCAUCGUGACAGCGUGUCGUGCUCACAACACGACGUUUACGCCGCUUCUGAUCGUAAUGAUCAAUCUGGUGCUGGCUACAGAGCACUACCCGGCAGCGAAACUGGGCCUCUCGUUCUGUGCCAUCGAUACGCGGCCGUGUCUGCCGGCCCUUCCCACUACCGGGAAGCAAGCCAAGGAUAUAAUGAACGCCUCGGCUUCUAUCAUGAUCGUGCACCGCUUGGAGGCGAUCCGACGCGCUGCCUCUCCCGCUCCCACUUCAAACGCAAUGCCGGCGUUGACUUUAGCUACACCUGCCGGGGGCGGCCUGGUGGCUGUAGACGCGGACGCGAUAUGGAAACCUGUACAGGAAUACGGGGACCGACUCCGAAAUGGUAUGGAGGGACCGGUGCCCACGAUAGUGCGGAACGUCCUGCAGGGAAAGAUGGCCGGAGAGGACUUGGAGGAUAUGCUGAACAGAGGAAUGCCGUCGCUGGGCCUGGUCAUGAAGAACGGAUUCCUGGUGUCGAACUUAGGACCAUUUUCCACACCGCCUGCCGAGACCCGCGGGUGUUGUGGUUUCUGGCAGGUCAGCGAGGUGCAGUUUUCAGCGGCCGUGACGCAGGCGUCUGCCGGGGCCAGUGGUAUCGUCUUCAACGUGGCAGGGGUGAAGGGUGGCGACACUAUCAUCAACGCAUCCUACCAGGACGGAGCGCUGCGGGCGAGAUCUGUAGAGGCCGUCUUGUCCUCGGUUGCGGCCAAGAUGGUAUACGUUGCGAACACGACUUUGGCGACGAAAAAAUAA